AUGAAUAACACUAGCUCUAAUGCUUUUCGCUUUCUAUUUCAGGAGCAUUUCCAUGUAACUGAUUUCAACAAGAAAACUUACAUCAAUCUCAAAGACAAGGACGUCUCCGAUGCACUAAAUGAGCAGCUAGCGUCUGCCAUAUACCUUCAAGUUAGCACCAUCAGCCAGGCCUUAAUAUUUGUCACACGCUUGAGAGGGUGGUCGUUCAUGGAAAGACCUGGUCUUCUUCUUGUUGCCGCCUUCAUCAUUGCUCAGCUGUUUGCAACUCUGUUAUCAGCAGCAGUUACAUCGAGUUUUGCCGGGAUUGGGAAGAUUGGCUGGGGUUGA